AGCAACCGGUAAAGUGAAGGCUCAACCAAGGAUUUAUAAACACUUGAUUCACUGUGAUUUAUUUGUUGGAAGAAUUUUGAUCACCUUUAAAACCAGCAGAGGGAGUUUAGCAUCUCCUCAGACUGCAGUUGUGGGAGGUAGGAGAGCAUCAGAGAGGAGAAUUAGAUCCUAUCUGAGGUCAGACAGUGGAUGGGUAAAUCUACGCUGUUGAGCUGGACAAACAAAGUAGAUGAUGCUGCCAGGGAUGCUCACCUUCAGCCCUUUGGUGGUUCAAAGUGUGUCUGAAGUCACCCCAGUUCUGCUUCUUCUGCUGCUGUUGUUUCUCUUCAUCACUUGGAGUCAAGCACACCGGUCGCACAUACCAGGUCCUUUAUUCUUGGCAGGACUUGGUCCGAUUCUAUCCUACACCAGGUUCAUCUGGACUGGGAUUGGAACAGCGUGCAACUACUACAACAACAAAUAUGGCAGCAUUGUCCGGGUGUGGAUUAAUGGGGAGGAGACCCUCAUCCUGAGCAGGUCGUCUGCUGUGUACCAUGUACUGAGAAGUGCUCACUACACGUCCAGAUUUGGGAGCAAAAAAGGCCUAGAGUGUAUUGGGAUGGAAGGGAGGGGUAUAAUUUUCAACAGUGAUAUCCCGCUUUGGAAAAAAGUGAGGGUGUAUUUUUCUAAAGCCUUGACAGGCCCUGGCCUUCAGAGGACGGUGGGAAUCUGUGUGAGCGCUACAACCAAACAUCUGGACAGCCUGCAAGACAUGACCGACUCUUUCGGGCAUGUGGAUGCCCUCAAUCUGCUGAGAGCCAUUGUGGUUGAUAUUUCUAACAGGCUUUUUCUCAGGGUGCCACUCAACGAGGAGGAACUGCUUAUGAAAAUCCAUAACUACUUUGAGACCUGGCAAACAGUUCUAAUAAAGCCUGAUAUUUUCUUCAAGAUGGGAUGGCUGUACAACAAACAUAAGAGAGCAGCCCAGGAGUUGCAGGAUGUUAUGGAGAACCUGCUUGCAAUCAAAAGAAAGAUUAUUAAUGAAACCGAGAAGCUGGAUGAUGAUCUUGACUUUGCAACAGAGCUCAUCUUUGCCCAGAACCAUGGAGAGCUCUCAGCAGAUAACGUCAGGCAGUGUGUCCUGGAGAUGGUGAUUGCAGCACCUGACACGCUCUCCAUCAGCCUCUUCUUCAUGCUGAUGUUGUUAAAGCAGAACCCUGAAGUGGAGCUGCGGAUCGUGGAAGAGAUGAGCACCAUGCUGAGGGGCAAAGCUGCAGAGAAUAUUGAUUUUGAAAGAUUGAAAGUGAUGGAGAGUUUCAUCAAUGAGUCUUUGCGGUUUCAUCCUGUGGUUGAUUUCACAAUGCGUAAAGCUCUGGAGGAUGAUGACAUUGAAGGCACAAAAAUCAAAAAAGGAACCAACAUCAUUCUUAACAUUGGUCUCAUGCACAAAACUGAAUUCUUCCCUAAACCAAAAGAGUUCAGCCUAACAAACUUCGACAAUACAGUGCCCAAUCGCUUCUUCCAGCCCUUUGGCUGUGGGCCUCGCUCCUGUGUGGGUAAACACAUCGCCAUGGUGAUGAUGAAGGCCAUCUUGAUUACUCUGUUGUCUCGUUACACGGUGUGUCCCCGCCAAGGCUGCACCCUCAACAGCAUCAGGCAGACCAACAACCUGUCGCAGCAGCCCGUGGAGGACAAGCACAGCCUCACCAUGCGUUUCAUCCCUCGUGCAACACAACCCCACAGUCAGUUCUGAAAUAUAAGAAAAUCUUUAACAUCUUUGAUGACAGCAUGCUGUAUGUGACUGAUUAUCUGCUGAGCUGGAAAUAGUCACGGGACAAGACAAAAGUCCAUAUAAACACUUGGCAUUAACACUUUUUUUUCUAAUGAAGCAGCAGAUGUUUUAUGUAUUCAGACAUUGCCAAGUAUUAACAGUUAGGUUGCAUGUUUUAGCUAGAAAACUACACAUUUCUCUGCUUUCUGUCUCAGUUGUGCCAGCUAGAGAUUAGACUAAAUACCUGCUGUAGUGGCAAAAAAUAGGAAAAUAACAGUGUUUCAUAUUGUUAAUUUACUCCCACUAUGGUCCAGGUUUGUCUAGCCAUGAUAGUUAAACACUAUAGUUUAAUACUACGUAUAUAACUAAUGUACUAAUAUGAUGUAGUAAGCAGUGUAACAUUACAAUCAUGAUGUGUCAUGUGCUUUAAGGAUGGAUGUGGGUGGAAAUGCAGACUAUAAUAAAGAUAGAAAAAAGGC